GUUCUACGGAAAGAAAAGGUGGGCAAUUUACUAGUUGAAAAAAAAGAAAAAGAGUUAGUUACCUAUCUAAGGUGAACCGCCAAAGUAAUUCGGGGCGCACGACUUCCCUACACAUCCCAAAGCUCAUCAAGAGCGUUUUUUCUUGCGGAGAGCUGCAAAGCAAUUUCAUCGAGAAAAGGAGCCGAACACAACACAAAAGCACCUUCAGUUCUGACUUGAAAACGAUUUGUCCACCGAAGACAGCGAGAAGCACGAACAAGACAGCAGGAGAAGUUUGUGGGCUUGGGCGAAGAGAUAUCCUUUUUUCUUUUUGUGAUCUUUUGGUUGGUGCUAACGCUCUCUUUGAUUUCGUUCUCCGCCUGUGCGCGACACCGUACAGCACUCCUGUGUAUUUGCGUUUUGCUUUUUCUGCCUUUUCGUUUCACAGUCGACUUCUAUUACUGUUUUUUUAGUUUUUUUUUUCUUGAGAGAACGGUUUGCUGCCUAGUCGCAUGUCCUAUGCGUUACGUCAAGAAACUUGCCUAUUUAUUUGUUCUUCUUUUCACUUCAGUUUUUCCACUCGAUUUUUUAUUUUCUCUCCCUCGAUUAGGCGUUGCUUAAGAUUUUGCCGCUCGUCGCAAGCAUCGAGGUUGCGCCUGCGCUGUUCGUGUACGUGUUUUUCGGUGCGUGUGCAUGUGAAAAAACUGACUUCGAUUUUUCACAAGUUACUGUAGGCUCAUCGAUUGCGGCGAGGCUUUGAGGAGCUUUGCUGGACUUCUCUGUUUGGACUUUUUUUUUCUUGUUCUUUGUUCUCCUCUCGUGUGCGCGUCAGCGACUCAUCCCACGGAAAGCGUACCUCGUUCUUUUUUUGUCGUUGUGUUGCCCUUGACUGUUCGAAUAUAUAUAUAUAUAUCUUUUGUUCUAGUGCUUGUUUUCUUUGCUUUCUCUUGUCAUCUUUUUCGCUUCCCCGCUUUUCCCUACACCGCUUACAACAGCGGUGCUCUUAACGAAGUUGUUCAGCGGAGCCGCCACUCGCAACGAGGGGAGCGAGAAAAACAAAAUUGACACAAGUGAGGGAAUACGCAAAAGGCGUUUUCGCACCUCCAGCAAGCAAAGAACUCUGCUGCCGACGACGGAACGACGAAGCAGGCAAGAGGACUAUUUUUAAACAAUAACAAAAGAGUACUUCACGAAUCACAGAGACGUAGGGAGUAAAUCAAUGGAUCGUAAUCCAACUAGUAGCAGUAGUGCUCUUUCACCUUCUGCUCAUGAAUCAAAGCCAGCACCUCCGCAAGGCGCCAAGCUGAUCGCCACCGCCGCCUCCAGCUCCAAUGCAUUCCUCUCUUCACCACAGCGUGUGGGGGUGGAGACGGGACACAGUAACGCAGCCGAGUUUCUAUCGACGAACAGUCAAGUAGCAGGUAGCACCAACAAGUUCAGGCCCAUCGUCACGCAGCCACCGCUUCCUUUGACAUCCAGCUCAGCCGUAACGGUGGAGAUAAGGGGAGAUGCCGGUAGCAGCAACACCACACACAAUGAUAGUAGCAGCAACAGCAAUCGAGUUGCCGUAUCGACGAUCAACACACCAGUUAAUCGCAACGGCAUGUAUCCUGCCUCGCGCCGACGAGUGGCGCCGGUGACACCGUACGGCCCCAUUAAUAGCGGCACGGGCCGUCCACCAGGAGUGGGUGCGUCGGCUGCUGCCUCUGUCACCGCGGCAGAUCCACCAAAUUCAUACGCAGAGGAGGGCGUCGACCCUGUGCAGUCGUCACUGCGUGCGGGCGCGCCUGCGGGGAGCAACGGGAUGACCACGUCACCGUUUCCGACGUACGUGUCAGCCCCCUCCCCAGCCUCGAGCGCUCAGCGAACACAGCCGCCGCCGCCGCCGGCGCAGAGACGGGUGCAGGUGUACCAGCAGAGCAGCACCCCUGCGGCAGGCACAGGGUUGCGGCAAUAUCCUCAUUACAUGCCACUCUCGCCACACGGCGGUGACAACCAAAACAGCUCUUUCUACGGUGAGGACACCUCGGGUAGUCCGCAGCAGCAACAACAGUACAACACUGCCUCAAACGCAGACGGCGGCGGCGGCGGAGGGGGCGGUGAUGGUGGGGCCCAAGUGUACGCCCCGUAUGCCUCGACGGAAGAGUAUGCACAGGGGGAAGCAGACGGCACUGAUGGGGGCGCAGGGAACACAUCGGUGCACUACCAGAAGUAUUACCAGCAGUACUACCCGUCUCAGAUGUACUACCAGCGACAGCAGCAACAGGCAGCGGCAUCGGGUGGCGGAAAGAGGGAUGACGGGUCGUCGUUCAGGUACGCACCGGCCACCGCGACAGGUGCUGAGAACUACCCAGAAAGCGAAUCUGGAGGGAUAGGUGGAACUAGUUGUGGUGGCGGUGGUCCCGCACACAUGGGAACCUCGUCCUGCCCUGUCACACCUUCAUACGGCGGCAACUACAGACAGAACAGCAGCCGCCACGGGCGUUACUACUGCAACGAGACGAGUGAGAGCGCCAGCACAGGUGUUCCGUCAUAUACUGGGCACGGGGCAUCCGGCAACGGAAGAGGCCCCACCGCCGGCAACACUACCGCCGAUAAUGCAAUGCUGAGUGCAACGAGUGGAGCGAAUGAAGUUCCAGGAGCAAAGGACACUCACGCGGCCACGCGAACAGACAGCGCCGGCGGCAGCGCGAAUGCAUCCUCCACGGAUGUGCUGAUGGGCUACGCGGGGAGCGGUGGUGGUGGGCUGCGGUCAACGGCCUCGCAGAACCCCCAGAACGCCUACGCCACCGAGUACGGUAGCGCAGCCGUCCCGCAGCAGUACUACAACUCGUACGGCACUAAUCCGACCAUGACCGGUGGGUACGGAGAGUACUUCAACUCUGGUAGAGGCUACGGCUACAACACGGGCUACUACCCGAACGCACUACAGCAGCAGCAGCACCAGCAACAGCAACAGCAGCAGCAACAGCAACAGCAACGCCAGCAGAUGCAGUACCUGCGUGGUGGCUCUCGCGGCGCGUAUCCGCAGCCGUCCUACGCACAGUACGGGCACGGCGCACCUUACCAAGGCCCAUACAGAGGCUACGCCCCGGCCGGCGGCAUUCCCGCAAAUGCACGACCAGAUCAGCCGGAACAGCAAGCGCAGGAAAUGUAUGCAAACACAGAAAAUGCACCGCGAGGCAACGUGCAUCGGUCGUCGAACGGGCCGCAGCAACCCGGCAGCGCGCUUCCUCUCGAAGACGGCGUGAGAAUUCGCUAUGCGAAGGAUGCCACUGAGUCCGAAGAGCCUUUGAGCAUUACUCGCGCUCAACCUCCCACCUCAUCCGCAUCGGCGAAGGCACCGCCUGCUGCCGCUGGUACGGGGGUGAGCAAAAGUGCCAUCCGAAAGAAGAAGAAGGCUGCUGCUGCUGCUGCCGCUGCUGCCGCUGCUCUUGAGACGUCCGACGAGACGGCGAGAGCAGCAACGGCUCCUGCAUCCUCGUCACAAAAAGGUGCUGUCCCGUUUACCAAAACGGCAAGCAAAAGCGUAUCCGUCGCUGCCAACAACUCUGCCAGUGCGGCUGCGCACGAAACUGUCGAGGGUGUGGGGUGGACAAGAGAGACGAACGCGGCCGAGGGGAUGUCAUCGCAGUGCAGCUCGAUGCACCGCGAGGGGUGGUCAGCAGCCAACAGGUCUCUUGUGCAUGUGAAGAAGACCUCUCCAGCGGAGAAACAAGCGCCUCCGUUCCCUCCCCAGCAGGAUCAAAGCGAUGCGGCGCGAAAAGAAAUCUGCGCGUCGACUAAAAUCGGAGAGAGUAGUGUGAGAAAGGAUGAGGGGGCAGCCGUCACAGCCGUUCCAACAUCGGGUGAGGCGCCUCGCGCAAGAAACUCGCACGCUGACGCCACGAUGCUCACCAGUGGAAGUAGCAAUGCUCUUCUAGCAGACAGCAGCGGCAGCAACGACGACCUUGUCCGGGCGGGCAGUAGUGUGCAUGGACACUCCACCUCGAGCGGCAAUCCACCCGGCACGACGCAGCGUUUCCUCCGUCGCUCCCCGCUCACCCAAUGCGUGGGGACGCCUUUCCACACCUAUUUGAACGGAGCGGUAGCCGGCCAGGCGGCACACAUGCAAGCCCUCCCCCCGUCCGCUGCCUCUGUUGCUGCUGCUGCUGCUGCUGCUGCUGCUGCUGCCGGUGCUGGUGCUGGUACUGCGGGCGUGGUGUCCUCGAGUGCGUCGCUCUCCACCGGUUCGUCGCAGGCCAUUCCGGCCAUCUACGCACCGGUGCAGCGGAUAUUGACGCACCACACGGUGAGCGCCAAUGCGAAGGUUGUUAGGGAAGGUGCCCUGCAGCACAGCCGAUCCGGGGAUAGAGACGACGAUACCGAGGAGGGUUACAGAGAAAAGCACGGCGGACGCCGCACAAACCGCACUGCGCAAGUAGACAGCGCGCGAGUCGUCGAGAGGGAAAACGAUGAAGAAGUGGGUGACGAUGACAAUGAUGAUGACCCAACGGGUUCAGGAAGCAGCAGCGUGCACCAACAGCCACGGCAGCAACCACCAGAUGCGCAACACGGCGAAGCAAUGACACUGUCCACGGACCUUCUCGUUUCGUCGGGAGAGUCGCUGUAUGAACAGAGUGAACCGUCUCCGCAGCUAGGUGUCGCCACCUCCUCAGCGAACAGCUCCCCGCACUCCGCCGCAGGCAAUCGUCCGCACCACAUGCAUCUCUUCGCCCACCACAAUCAGCAUAUGCGGCCAGAGUCGCCACAGACGGCAGGGCGUCCGCAGCACCUACACGCGUACCGACACACCUCGCCCUCUUCGCUGCAGCCGACGGCGCUGACAGCUGCCUCUGCGAGCUUCACCUCCGAACCCUUGGUGCAAUCACCGGGUAAUGCCGCCUCGUCGCCUCCGCGAUCAUCGGGAGGUGUGGGAGCUGCGGCAGAUGCCGUGUCCUUGCCAUCGCCGCCUGGCCGUGGUGCGGGAGCGGCUGUGCAGCCCCACACCUUGAGCGGCGCAGCUCCGACCAACUCCGCGCCUCACUUGCCGAUAGUGACUGCAGGAGCCGGCAGUGGGGCAGCCUCUACGAUGUCGUUGCAGCAGCAGCAGCAACAGCAGCAACCCCAAACAAGCCCGUACGCGUCGUCCCCGUACCCGUACUCGCAGAGCGGCGGAGGCGGCUACUCGGACGCAUCUGGUGCCGAUGCUGCGGACGUGUACAGCACCGGCUACGACGACGUGAGUUUGCGUUCUGGCGGUGGCAGAGGCGGGCAGAGAGGCGAGCCGGUGAGCCCGUCGUAUCCUGCGUCACAACAGCAGCAGCAGCAGCACUUCGGCAGUGGAAGCAGCAGCAACAGUCGGCGUGGCGGGGUGGGCGGUUACCGCGCAACUCCCUCGCCCUCCACGAGUUUCGGCGUCCCACCGACUUCUCCCGCGUUCGCAGCAGCUGCCAUCAAGUCAAGGGGCCCCGUGCCAUCCGUCGUCGACGCGCUAGCCUCGAAUGCGGAACCAAAGCUGAUGACGCAGCAAGGUCCCGGCGGCCUGAACAGCAACGCCGGGGCUGCGGGUCUCAACACACCCAGCCCACAUGGCAGUCAUCACGGUAACAACAGUGGUGGCAGCGUGCACGCCAACUCACCGCAGCACAACCGCUACAGUUCUCACAAUCAGUACGCCGGUGGAGGUGGUGCUGGUGUGAAUUCCAACACGAACGGGAACAACUCCAACGGUGGCAACAAAAGUAAUGCCGGGCAGCCUAAUUGUGGCUUCCCGGCUUUAUCACAGCAUCCGGCAUACAUCUACGAGCACCACACCGGGCAGGAGGUGCUGCUGGAGGAGUUCCACUCCGCCAUGGGCUUCAACGCCCCGUCGUUCGGCAACAUUGCGUGUCUCGUGAGCGCCUUCUCGCCGCAGGUCCCGAUCGUCAGCGACUUGGAGUUUCCGUGCGACGAGGAGCAGUGCCGACUGCUGCGUGCGUCUGGCCUGCCGGCGGAGGCCGGGACGAGCACCGAGGAGUUGGGGGUGUCCUCGCCAGGCGUCGCUCCGAAACGGAACAGCAGCCACGGGUCCGGCUUCGGCAGCCGCAGCGGCGGCGUGUCACUGCACAUGGAGGACACGGCGGCCCCGACACUCACGAGCCCGUCACCGCGCCCCGCCGAGGCCGACCGCAGCCACUACUGGGACUUUGACGGCCCGUCCUACUGCGAGCCGGUGAUCCCCCUCAAGUCCGUCUGGCAGAGCUUUGACAACCCCUUCGGGUGUGUGGUGAACCUGGCCGAGCCCAUCUAUCCAGCUCCGAUGCGUCCUGCCGAGGAUGAGCUGGUGUACACGCCGCUGCUGAGCGGCUUUCGAAUUCGCUUCCACCCUGCCUCUCCCGCGUACAAGCGCCUCGCGACCAUUCGCGAAGUUCGCCGACAGCGCCGCCGCGAGGAAGGCGGGGUCACCGCCCGGGCCGAUGGAGGGGCGGGCGGCAGCGAUGACACACCAGCCGCCGCGGCGGACGCGUACGCGGAGGAGGACGGCGUGCUGACGUGGAGCGCUGCUGAUCGGCCCAACAACCGUAACAUCAUCAUGGAGCAGAUCACUGAACUGGCACGCUGCGACGAGCGCUACGCGGAGCUGUUGACUGCCACCUCAGCCGACGUCGAUCACCAGUCGUGGAUCGCGCUCAUGUGGCAGCCCGUCUUCUGCGGUGGCCACUCGGCCAAGUACAGCUGCGGUACCUUCCUCGCCUUCUACCUCCUCCGCGCCCCGCGGCAUCUCUUCUUGCCGUUUGCGAGUAAAAGCGCCAGCGCCGCGAUGAAUAGCUCGUGGAGCAGCCCCGUCUUUCGCGGCGAUCGGGCGGCGCUGUCUUUUGACCUGUGGGGUCUGCAGCGGCAGUACCACGUCGCCCGCUGGGUCCCGUCGCCGCCCACGACGCACGUCACCACCACGUCGUCCGUCGUGGGUGAGGAAGACGACGCCGCGUCAUCGGUGUCGGCCAGUCGCGGCCGCCUCUCAUGGGGGGAUGGACAAGCGGGCUGCGCCUCCAACACCGCCGAGAGCUACUCGAUGAGCAACAACGGUGACGCGCGGCCGCGGCUGCGUGAUUUGGCGAGCCAGAGCUUUUUGGAGGUCAGGGCAGGGGCCACUGCGACUCCGACGUACGUGCGCGUUCCGCUGGUCGGUCUGAUUCCCAAUCGGUGCCGGUCGGAGGUAUGGUUUAAGGCGGUUUAUAACACGAAUGCGGCCCUCAACGCACAUCGCAAUGCCACCAACGGCGGUGGGGGCAGCGGCAGCAGCGGCGGCAACAACAGCGGUGAAACAUUCUUCUUCCACGCACCGCUCUUUCUGAUGGUGACGGCGCUGCAGCUGAUGUGCUGGGAUGCCUAUAACGAAUGGAAACACAAGCCGGCUGCGGUUACUCCCAGUGGUGCUGUUACUCGAGAGGCAGAGUCCGCUUCUGAUCCGGAGAACACCAACGCAACAGCCGCCGUCUGCGGCGACGAGCAAAUGAUGCAGACGAACAAGAUGGCUGACUCACGUGCGGGUGGUGACGGUAACACGGGAGUGCCGCCGCUGGCGAAUCCUCUUACCCAGUUAAUUGAGGAGCAGGUGACCGCGAUGGUGCAGCAGCAGCAAGGUUUACGAACAGAAAGAAGCAGUGGAGGCAGCAACGCCGGUGCGUCUGCAGGUCGGGAUGGCGAAGUGGGGGCUGCAGACAGGGGCAGAACUCCUCCCUCCGCCAACAACGAAAGCACACCGUGGGGGUCGUACUUUGCGGAGGGCUUGGAGGUCAUGACGGACGCGGCCCGGCGCUACCGCGCCGUGCGUGAGCUGGCCAACCUCGACGCUGCGUUGGAGGAGGGUGCGGCCGUACCGCAGGCCAAUUCCAACACCGCUGCCACCCCCGUUUCCGCCUCGACGCGUUUUGGUAACGAGUCUCCCCGGCCUCCGUCUGGAGCAGGCAACGACCCUGAAGACAAGAAGGCCGUGGAGGAGGAGGCCACUCGGCCGGUGGGCUGUGCGCUGGUGGCCGGCGGCACGAACAGCUCGUUGUGCGCUCCUGAUGCCCGUGUGAUUGCGGGUUUGUUGGAUUACUAUCAGUGGGCGCAAUACGACACCGCGCUGAACGCACUUGCGCGCGCGUACUGUGCGGUAUAG